AGUCCAGUCCCGAACAUGUCGUCAUAUCAAUCAGAAUACAACGCCGACGAGCAGGCGGCCAUCGACAAAGAAUUUACUAGACUUGCCAACAACAAGAGCAUUUAUCUGGAUCAUGCGGGCACCACCUUGUACGCGGAGAGUCAAGUGACGGCCGCCGCAGAGCAGCUGCAACGCGAUGUGAUCUGCAAUCCGCACACGUGCCGCGUCACCGGCGACUAUGUGGAUCAGGUGCGCUUCAAACUGCUGGAGUUCUUCAACACGAAAGAGGAUGAGUAUCAUGUGAUAUUCACGGCCAAUGCAACGGCCGCGUUGUCUCUGGUGGCGGAGAAUUUCGACUUUGGCCGGCAGGGGAACUUCCACUAUUGCCAGGAGAACCACACCUCAGUGCUGGGCAUGCGCGAGAGGGUGCAGGCCAGAGCCAUGUACAUGCUCAAGGAGGAGGAGAUCACUGGCAUGGCCUCGGUGCCAUCAGCAGCUAAUGGAGUUAGUGGCUCUUCUCCUGGUGACAACUCCCUGGUGACCUUCUCGGCCCAGUGCAAUUUCAGUGGCUACAAGAUCCCCCUCGCGGCCAUCGCUGGCAUACAGAAACAGGGUUUGCCCCACGGUCUGGGCAAAAAGAUUUCGGGAGAGGCACCACAGACAACAGACAACAACAACUACUAUGUGUGCCUGGAUGCCGCCUCCUUUGUGGCCACCAAUCCCUUGGAUCUGCAGCGCUAUCGUCCCGACUAUGUGUGCAUUAGCUUCUACAAGAUCUUUGGGUAUCCCACGGGAGUGGGUGCCCUGCUGGUGAGCCGUCGCGGUGCCGAGGCCUUCCGCAAGAAGCGUAACUUCUUUGGCGGCGGCACCAUCAACUACGCCUAUCCCCAUGCCAUGGACCAUCAGCUGCGUGAGGUCUUCCACCAGCGGUACGAGGACGGUACACUGCCCUUCCUCUCGAUUGUGGGACUCCUCGAGGGCUUUCGCACACUGGAACGCCUGGUGCCGAGAAGGAGCGUGAACGGCGGUGACGUGGCCACUAUGGAGCGUAUAUCGCGCCAUGUCCAUGGCCUGGCCCAGCACCUAGAAAAGCAGCUUCGCCAGCUGAAGUAUCCCAAUGGCCAGCCUCUGAUCGAGCUGUAUAACAGGGUGGGGUAUGAGGAGCGCCACCGCCAGGGCGGCAUUGUGGCCUUCAAUGUACGCACGGACGCUGGUCCCUUUGUGGGCUUCGGUGAGAUCGCCUGCGUCGCGGCCCUGCAGGGUAUCCUCCUGCGCACCGGCUGCUUCUGCAACAUCGGUGCCUGCCAGCGUUACCUCGGGCUGGAUGAGACCAUGAUGGAUGCCAUUUACAAGCGAGCCGGCCGCAUUUGUGGUGACUACUAUGAUUUGAUCGAUGGCCAACCCACGGGCGCCGUACGCGUCUCCUUUGGCUACAUGACCCGGCGCCAGGAUGUGGACGAGCUGCUCAAAAUGCUGCACCUCAGCUACCUGGCCACCAAACCACAGCAGCGGCUGCAGCUCAUCGAGGAGCAGGCGGGCGAGCUACCCAAGGCCCUAAAGGAGCGGGCCCAGCGCCUGCGGCCGCAGCUCCUACAGCUGGCCAUUUAUCCGGUCAAGUCGUGUGCAGCGUUCAAGAUCGAGGAGGGUGGCGGUAGCGGCGGCGGUGGCUCUGGCGGCACCUGGCCACUGACGGCACAGGGCCUGCAGUAUGACAGGGAGUGGAUGAUUGUGGACAUGAAUGGCAUGGCCGUCACCCAGAAGCGCUGCUCCGAACUCUGCCUGAUCAGACCCCUCAUACGCGAUGACCAAUUGGUGCUGCACUUUGGCGACUCGCCCGACGGUGUCUCGCUGCCGCUCUCUCUGGCGGACCAAGCUGAGAAUUCUUCGCGAUGUCGCAGCAAAGUGUGCCGCCAGCCGGUCGAAGGUCUGGACUGCGGCGAUGAGGUGGCCCUGUGGCUGAGCCAGCAUCUCGGACUGGAGGGGCUCCGUUUGCUGCGUCAAUCCUCGCAGAGGAGCACCACCAACGGUGUGCGGCAGCAGCAGAAGCUCAGUCUUGUCAACCAAGCGCAGUUCCUGCUGGUCAAUCGCUCCUCUGUUCGUUCCCUGCAGUUCGAAGAGUCUCUGGACGAGACCGUGGAUCGUUUUCGGGCCAACAUCAUCAUCGACACGGGCUCGGCCUUCGAGGAGCUGUCUUACAAACAGCUGACCAUCGGCCAGGUGCAGUUCCAGGUAGAGGGGCCCUGCCAGCGUUGCGACAUGAUCUGCAUUAACCAGCGCACGGGCGAACGCUCGCCGGAGACACUCACCACCAUCUCCCGCCUGCAGAGCGGCAAGAUGCGUUUCGGUAUCUACAUCUCAAGGAUCUCCACAGAGAACAACAAGGAGUCACAGCAUCUCACCUGCGGCGAUGUCGUUGUGGUCACCUAAACACAGCCAGACACAGCCCUGCAUUCCGUGAGUUCCAUGUGGAGGGAGGGAGAUCCAGUGCGCUUCAUGGGGCUACCCUUAUAAUAGGUGUACCGUCCUUAUGCGAUUAAGUUCUUAUUAUCUUUAAGUAUUCGAUGGAAUAUUCAUACCAAGACACUCCAGAUCUGGCUUUCUGAUCAUUUUCAUUAUUACGUACAAUCAUACGUAUUUAUUUAUGAGCUAUAUAUGGCCAUUAACAUGGAAAUGAAAACACAUUUCCAUCAAAUUCUAUACCAAUAUAUUCAGAAUUGAUCAUUAGCUUCGAUCUUUCAAAAGAGCCAUAGUUCAUAUUUUUCUUUGUCGUUAUUAUUAUUUGUU